AUGGGCUUCAAUGUACCAAUCAUCAAUCGUGACAGCGAUUGGUGUCGUCAAUGGUUGGAUCAAAGGACCAAAGAGCCGCAUAUACAAAAAAAGCUGGUGCUUGUAAUUGUUUCCAUUGCUUUGCUGCUCGACAAUAUGCUUUAUAUGGUGAUUGUACCGAUAAUUCCAAAAUACCUCCGGGAUAUUCAUGCCUAUGAUGUGCAGUUUGUUGGGUACCAUAACGAAACGAAGAAGUUGAGGAACGGUACUGUUGUUGUUCGUAUGACUGGUGGUGAAAUUGACUAUUUGAAUGAAGAUAUCGGACUUGGAUGGCUAUUUGCAUCAAAAGCCCUUAUUCAAAUUUUUGUCAAUCCUUUUUCCGGAUAUAUCAUUGAUCGAAUUGGCUAUGAAUUCCCGAUGGUUAUCGGUUUAUGCGUAAUGUUCAGUUCAACAGCCAUUUUUGCACUAGGACGAAGCUAUGGCGUCUUGUUUUUCGCCAGAUCAUUACAAGGAUUUGGUUCCGCAUUUGCUGAUACUUCCGGUCUUGCGAUGAUUGCUGAUCGUUUUACAGAAGAAAACGAACGAUCAGCAGCGCUUGGCAUCGCUCUGGCAUUCAUAUCAUUCGGUAGCUUGGUGGCACCGCCUUAUGGUUCUGUCCUCUAUUCACUAGCCGGAAAGCCGAUACCAUUCCUAAUUUUAUCCAUGAUAUGUCUUUUUGAUGGAUUCAUGGUUUUCAUGGUCAUUCAACCGAAAACCGACAAUAAACAAGUGAAUACAGCCGGCGAACGUGUACAGGGUACGCCAAUGUGGCGUCUAUUUAUGGACAAAUAUAUUGCCAUCUGUUCAGGUGCCCUUAUUAUGGCGAACAUCAGUUUGGCAUUCUUGGAACCAACGAUCACAACGUGGAUGGCCAGCGCUAUUCCAAACACUCCGGCAUGGAUGGUUGGUGUCAUAUGGUUUCCACCAUUCUUCCCGCAUGUUCUAGGUGUUUACGUCACUGUCCGUCUUAUGCACCGUUAUCCACAAAAAGAGUGGCUUUUGGCGGCGAUUGGCUUAGCCAUGGAAGGCUUGAGCUGUUUCAUUAUACCAUUCACCAACUCUGUCAUCCAACUGAUCUUACCCUUGUCAACACUUUGUUUUGGAAUUGCGCUGAUCGACACAUCGCUGCUACCAAUGCUCGGAUACUUGGUUGACACACGUCAUGUCAGCGUUUACGGUAGUGUCUACGCCAUUGCUGAUAUCUCCUACAGUUUGGCUUAUGCAUUUGGACCAAUUAUUGCUGGGGAAAUUGUCGCAACAAUGGGUUUCCUAGCUCUAAAUAUUAUUAUUUGUGUUCUGAAUUUGGCUUAUACACCGGCAUUAUCAAUUUUGAGACAAGUUUAUAUAUACCAGCCAUUUGAAGAGAAACAGCAACAACAAGCACUAUUUACUACCGAUAGCAACGGUGAUAAUGGUACCACUGAACAAAGUUUCGAUAUUCCGCAACAACGAGGUUAUGGUGCCAUCCAACAGCAGCAUGACGAACCGAAAAGUCAGUGGAAUAUAGCGGAAUAUCCUGCUGCUGCUGCUGCUUACAAAUCAGACGAUCCAUUAAAUGUGCAAUGGUAA